AUGCAGCAACUCAGUAACAUCCGCGCAGCACCCCACAAAACAACUGGCUCACAGCAAAACACAGGCUCCACGUUUUGUGAGUCUCCUUCCAGUGACCCUGAGUUGCCAGGUGGGCGUGGCAGGGGGAAACGAAUGCGAAUGGCCAUGGCCGAGCGGCCUUGCAUUGAGCCUGCCCCUGCUGCAAAAGUCAGGGGUCUAUCUCAGCACAGGAGUCGUGGAGGUGGUGUGGCUGGAACCACUGCACCCAUACACAGCAAGGGACGGAGAGGAAGCCUGAACCUCAUCAAUAGCAACUGUCGAACACCUCCUUCCUUCUUUACUGUGGAGGAGGUGAAACCUCCCAACAGCACCUCCUCUCUCUCCUCCGGGAAACGAAAGAACAAACCGCCAGCUGACCUAGACCUCAGCCUGGUCUCUUCUGAUGACAUUAAAAAUGGAAAUGGGAAGAGGAUCCGAGCCAAAUCCCGUAGUGCCCCAUCCACCCCGCAGGGCAAAUCCGACCCCUCGUUCAUGGACCCUGGAGGCGGUUGUACCUCCUCACCACCGCCCCCGCCCAUCCUCAUCGACUGUCCACACCCCAACUGCACUAAACGCUACAAGCACAUCAAUGGCCUGCGCUACCACCAGACACAUGCACACUUGGAGGCUGAGGAGCAGAGGAAACCUGAGCUGGAGCCCAUGAAGGAUGGGGAGAGUGAAGAACGACUAUCAGACUGUGAGGAUACCAUUAGCAACAUGACAUAUGACCUCUCAGAAACAAACAGCACUAAUUCCAACCACUCUAAGAAACCUGCUCCUCUUUAUAAGGUAACUACAGUGGGGUCUCCUAAGAACAGACGGCUACUCCUCAGUACUGACCAUAGCCCCACAGCCAACUCCAAGACAAGAAGAACCUCCCUGCUGAAAGAUGGGCUGAUUGAUGACCUGAGCAAUCUGCCCAUCAUCUCCAACAUGACUGUGGUUCUGGAGAACUGCAUGGUACCAGACAGGAACUCCACAGUAGAGAUGCCCAAGCUGGAAGCUGAAGGUUUGAUCGACAAAAAGGGAGGUGCACUAGACAAAGGCAAGAAGGCUAACGGGAAGGUAGAGAAGCUGUCCAAGUCACGGACCAACCGGCCAAUCGCUCCGGCCCCUGCUCCUCCAAAGUUGAUUGCUAUACCCAACACAGCGUAUCCGCCUGGCACAGCAGAUACCCUCACCUCACAGCAGCCCUCACCCAUGGCAGCCAUAGGCCUCACCAGUAAAAACCUUCCCCUCAAACCCAUCAAACCAAAGCUGAGCAUUGUUGUGGAACCAAGCCUUGUCAAAGCCACACUGGUUACCUGCAACAAAGAGACCAGGAAGAAAGAGAAACGGAGGCUAAAGGACAAACAUAACAAAGAUGUGCCAACCAGAACGCCUAAUGGGGACAGCAGCGUAAUCAAAAUAGAAGAUGGUGGUUCUAAAAUGGGUGUCAAGGAAAUUUCUGGAAGCCUUCUGAAGGAGCACCUCAGUAAGCAGGAUGUUAUAAAUGGGCUCACUGAAAGCCAGGAGAGCAGGAUGGCCAGUAUCCGAGCUGAGGCUGACAAGGUCUACACUUUCACCGACAAUGCCCCGAGUCCCUCCAUUGGUGGUUCAUCGCGGCUUGACUCCAGUGGUAGUUGCCUGGCAACAGCAGACAGCAAGAACAACAGCCCCGCCUACUCUGACAUCUCAGAUGCCGGGGACGAUGGGGGGUCUUCUGAAUGUCGCUCGGAUGGAAACCGAUCCAAGUGUGGCUCCUCUGCCUCUUCAGAUGUGAGCUCCAGCAGUAACCAUUGUAACUCUGGUAAAACCCCGCCCACAGCAUCAGCCCCAUCAUCAAAAGACCCCCAGUCCCCUUACUACCAUAGCUACGAGCCCUACUAUCUGCCAGGGUACAUGCAGUCAGACAGGCAAAACAGCAGCAGCGCUGCUUUCCACAAAAGCUCUGCUCUUGAUGUAAAAGUGAAAGACAGAAAGGAAGAAAUGAAAGAAGACGAUAAAUGCACCUCACAUGAGUUCUUAGACUCAAAGAAAGGCGACGGGCCACCUCAGUCUCAGCUCCAGCUGGCAAUGAGUCAGACCCAGACCGCCUUGGCCCAGUCGCUGUACUACGGACAGUACUCCAGAGGACUGUACAUGGACCAGAAACUGUUAUUGGCCUCCAAAUGCUGUGACCAGACACACAGUGGCAAGCAGAGGGGUGAGAGGGGACAGGGGGUAAGAGACAGUGAGGACGAUAAACAUAUGGUUGGGGCUUCAGCCAGUGGACCCAUGCUAGGUAAAGGCCCAGAUGGUGCUAAAGGUUGCUGUCCCAAACCCAUCCUAUCCUACGUGGAGAUGAGUGAGAGGGGAGAAAGGGGACAGAGUCUGUGCGUUAAGGCUCUGCACAGUGGCAUGGUGGACCAGGGCUCGAUGAAAGACUGUGAUGACAUCAAGUCACCCUCCUCUUCCUCUUCUUCAUCACUCCACAACCCAAACAGUCAGACAGAUCUGGACUCAAAUGUUUCCUAUUCCAGUCCCUCAGACGGCCCAGCCUGGGCUCACUGCCUCGCUCACAGCAAAUACUCAGAGCUGCAUGGGGAGGAGGCCGAGGAGGGUGAAGGAGACAGGGGGAAAGAAUGGGGAGUGACCGUGGAGCCUGCCAAGAUGACCUCAGGAGGAGGAGGUGGAGGAGACAGAGGAGGAGGUGUGGGCGGAGAUGCUAAAAAAGCCAGGGUCCACGGAUCCCUCGAUCUUCCGCCUGACAUCGACACCGAGGAUUCAGACAGGCUGGAGGGGCUGGAUGAUCAGGGCCAGGAGCCAAUGGGAGGGCUGUCUGAGGAGUCCCAGAGUGCCCGGGCAGCAGUGUCUCCUCCCAUGACCCCCCAGCAGCCCUACAUCCAGUACCAGCACUCCUCCUACCCGCCCUACCUGGCAAUGUGUGAGAGUGGCGGGGCCUCCUACAGAGGGGUGUCCCCAACCCUGGUCCACAAUUACCCAGGAUUCCACUACCCUUUGUACGGUAAGACGGCGGGCAGGGAGGAGUCGGAGGUGACUCCAACCAGCAGAGGAGGAGUGAUGAGCAGCAAGCAGAGCAGCGACUCGUCCACGUCCUCAGCCAUGGAGCUUCUGCAGCAGCAGAGCCAUCAGUACCACGGAAAAUCACCUGCUCCCGGUGAGAAGGGUUCCCCCGAGGGUGAGAGGGAGACGGAGCGAGAGAGGAACCACGUGUCAUUCGCCCGACACCUCCACACACACCAUCACACACACCUGGGUAUGAGCUACAACCUGAUGUCAGGACAGUACGACAUCUACCAAGGGUUGAGCUCCAGAUCGCUGGUCUCCAGUCAGCAGGUGUCAGGACACUCCUCUACUGACAGUGAAGGGAAGAAACAACCACCUGUUUUAUAACACGUAAUCAAGGAGCAGACGGGCCGACAGAAAGCAGGAUCGGGAACUUUUUGAAGGAGGAACUAUCUGUACAAAUCCAAUGACUUUUGCAGGAUCGUGACAGAAGCAGGCAGCGCGUAUAAAACCCAACCCCGCCGUGCACUCAGCCCAGCCGCGGCUUUGGUGUUUAACUUUAUUAAAUGCACAUUUAUCGUAGUGUAUUAAGAUGAUGAUAUGACUGAAUGUACUGAUGAUGACUUACAUGAUCCCAAUAGUCUUGAUCGUUUUUUUUAAACUCCUAUUGGGAAACAGCAUUAGGAAGCUAAAAAGUCUAUUAUUAUGCUUAUUAUUCUUAUAUUAUGAUUAUUGAAGUGGUCCUCCUCCCUCCAUAGUGCUGACGCUACAUUUGUAUUACUAACCUGUACUUGAGCGUAACCAUGUUGAUUGUAUUGUCUUUAUGUGAGAGUAAACCUUCACAUCAACCUGCCCAGUGCCAUGUAGGAACCCAGUGGUGUAUAUAUUCUGUACAGAUUCAUGGCGGAGCACUAACAUGCUUUAUUGUACUCUAUGUUGACCAUCAGCCAUGCAGGGGAGCAGCGUGCAGAGCAGGAAAAACCAGCAGAAACAGAAUCCCUAUUUUCUUUAUUAGAUGACUUCUAUUAAUCGGCAGCAGUUUGUCCUUUAGCCACAUGUUCCAGUGACGUAACCUAUUUUGCACAUGAUGUUGUUGCACAUAUCCCAUUUGGUUAGAGAAGGAUGUGUCAUUUAGUGAAUUUUAGCCCCAGUUUGUGCCUCUUGUGUCUAAGGAGCAAAGGUGGAAGUAGGGUGACGUAGAUAAAGAGACAACGUACGGGUGGGUGGGUGGAUGGAUCUCGUUUUUUUUCUACAGUUAAGGUUGAUACAGCAAAACAAUCUUAUGAUCUUUGCCAAAUGAAAACAAAGUUCCCUAACAUUAAGCAAGUCGUUCAUUUUCACCCAAUCCUUGAUCUUUCCGUGGCACCAACAGAGUGGUUUUGUGCCUAAACCUGACCAAACCUUAACCACAGCUGUGUCAGAUGUGGAGACAUUUGUAUGACUCAACAGUGAUUUGUGUCUGUUUUGGAAGGGUCUGACCAACCACGCUACGUGUUGAUAUUGGCACCAGAUCAGCAAACGCUAAUAUGGAUUGUAUUUAAAAGAUAUGAGAAACAACAUAUUUUGUCAUUUAUUUUGGUGAAAUUGCCGGACUUCGGCAGUGAGGGUCAGUCAACAGUAUACACAGAUAUGAGCCGCUGUUUUUGUCAUCUUUGGUGCGCAAAUACAAUUUUGACUCAUUCCUUUAUUCUUCGUCCCGAAUAAAUGCGGCAACUGGGGUAGGACGGGAAUAGGAACCAGCUAUCGUGUCUUGUUGCCAUCUUUGUUUAGGUCAAGGAAGAUGGAGGUGGAGACUCGCUUCGUGUCAAAUUCAGUCAAAGAAAAUAUAGAAUAAAAGAGAGUGUGAGGAUUUUGGAAGAAGUGCUAAGGGUUGAUAAAUGACCUGUUGGGUUUACACUAAAACAGUGACCUGUUAUUAUUCGACUUGAAUAUAAUAAACAACCAUCAGAGAUUUCUAAUGUAAUAAAAAGGACUGUGCUUAAGGCAGAGGUACAACCUGGGGCUAGGUGAAUGAAUGAUGGAUGCCAGUGAGCGUGUGCUACUGGCAUGUUUUGUUUGAACGUGAAAGACACAAAUGCCAGACAGUGAUACUAGUCACACCACCUCUGAAGGACAAUUCCAGUGUUGAGGUUUUUGUUGAUUUUCUACAUCUAUUUCUUUCUAAUCACCUCUAAGCCAGCACCACACUCAAAACUAAAUGGAAUUUGGUGUGCUUGCUCAGGUACAAUCGUGAGUUUUAGGGCGAAAAAAAAGAAGCUACAUCGUUCGUCAAUCUAACAUAGGCCGUAGGUUUUCACUUUACUUCAUAGUUACACCAGUUUUUGUAUAUUUGUCUUGUUUUUAGGAACUUCCAAGUUGUGUAUAAAAGCAUUUACUUGCAGUGUCAUUUUCAACAGCAGUUUGAGACCAUGCUAAAUUCAAUUUAGUUUUGAGCCCAAAUUGAUGCUUUCUUCUUUACUAUACUAUUCAAGCCAUAGUAUAAGACAGUGUUUCUAUCAGAAUAUUUAUUUUGAAUAAUAACGAAGAUGACACAAAAAUAUAAAUAAACAUGAUAAAAGCUGGAUAAAAACUGAUCGCACCGGAAUUGUCCUUUUAAAAAGUAAAAUGCCCACUUUUUUACUGACAGGGAUGCCAGUGGGGAAGCGUACUUGUCAGGAUUCCCACAAUCCUUUGCCCUGCCCCUGCUCCCAUGCCUCCUACAAGCGAACUAGCUCACUGCAGAGCCUCUGAUAGACAGAAAGGUCAGAUGUUAGCAUUGUUGCCAAACCACUGCCACAUCUCUAAAAUAAAGAAGUACCAAAGCGUUGGCAACAAGAAUUGGCCUGAUUCUGGUGCCUCAUUCAUGGAUCCGGCAACCAGGCCUGCAACAUUUACACCAAUGUUGGCUCAAGUCCUUUUGGCAACACGUGAUUGGCUUGUGAUUUCUGUAAUUACAUUAACUUCCAAAUAAGGUAAAUGCAGCAUAACGACAAAAAAUUAAAAGCUAUAGUAACGACCUCACAGCCGCACUGUGGAGCCAACAAAAAUCCUAACCUUGUCUAUCAGCGGCUCUGCCUCACUUACACAACACCUUACCUGCAUAGUAUCAGUGAUCAUUCUAUUACUUGAAUAUAGUGCUAUGAACUCUGUUUACAAAAUGCUGUCAUCUUUUGGGAGACACAGUGUUGUCUUAUAAAGGCUGCUUGGUAUGUUCAGUUCAUCCACCCGGUGUAUCUAGUAAAUAACACACUGAAAUCGUAUAAACAUGAAACCUGCUGUUGCUUUUUUAUACUGUAUAUGCCUUAAUUCAUAUGUUUGGCAAUCAUGAUUAAAGGAUGUUUAUAUAUA